GGGCGUGGCGAGCGCCCGACAGGCGGAGAACGGCCACCGCCUCCCCUCCCGCCCCUCUUUCUUAAAGGCGCAGCGCCCCUCUGUCUGGUCCCGGAGGCCCGGCCCCUCGCUGCCCGUGCCCGGCAGCAGCGGAGCCCGGGAAGCGGCGUCAUGAUGCAGCUGGGGCGGGCGGGGUGCGACCUGUUGCGCUGGGGCCGCAGGGGGGUCCUCGCGGCCGUCCCGCGGCGGGGCGCGGAGGUGCUGGUGGGCGCGGCCGGCGGGGAGAGCAGCGGUAUUGCUGAAAUCCUAAUGAACCGACCCCACGCGAGAAAUUCAUUGGGAAAAGUAUUUGUAAAUGAACUGUUCAGUGCUCUGGAACAACUCCGCUUUGAUGAGAAUGUUCGGGUGGUGGUGUUCAAGAGUGAGGUGAAAGGUGUAUUUUGUGCUGGUGCAGACUUAAAGGAACGUGCAAAGAUGGAUGAUGCAGAAGUUGGACACUUUGUUAAAAGGCUGAGAAAUCUCAUGGAUGAAAUAGCUGCCCUGCCUGUACCCACAAUUGCUGCAAUAGAUGGCUACGCACUGGGUGGUGGACUAGAACUGGCGUUAGCUUGUGACCUUCGAGUAGCAGCUUCAUCAGCUAAAAUGGGCCUUAUUGAGACCACAAGAGGGCUUCUUCCUGGAGCAGGUGGAACCCAGCGCCUGCCCAGAUGUGUUGGAAUAGGUCUUGCAAAGGAACUCAUUUUCACGGGUAGGCAGAUUGAUGGACAACAAGCCUUCUCAAUGGGAUUAGUAAAUCACACAGUGCCACAAAACAAUGAGGGAGAUGCAGCUUACCAGAGAGCAUUAACUUUGGCUAAAGAAAUCCUUCCUCAGGCUCCAUUUGCUGUGAAAAUGGGAAAACUGGCAAUAAACAGAGGAAUGGAGGUUGACAUUGCGUCAGGGAUGGCUAUUGAGGGGAUGUGCUAUGCCCAGAAUAUUCCCACAAGAGACCGUCAGGAAGGGAUGGCUGCCUUCAAGGAGAAACGACCACCUCAGUUUAUCGGCAAAUAAUGCUUCCUACCUUCCCCUUGAUUUUUUCUGAAGGUAAAGGAGGACUGAAGAGGACCCACUGAUUUCUUGGGAUUGUUUUUAUGACUCCACUCUGUGUACUUAUGUCCUUGCCUUGAACUGCAUUUCUGAAUACUCCACUGGAUCAUUUUGCUGUAAGAAUUCCCAAAUAAAGAUUUAACUUUGUAUAGGUCA